AUGCCUCAAUCACGCCUUUUCAAGCCCCUCAAGAUCGGUGACAUGGAAGUAAAACAUCGCAUCGGAAUGGCGCCACUUACUCGCUUCCGAGCAACCGAAGACCGAGUACCAACACUGCUCAUGAAGGAAUACUACAGCCAACGGGCUGCAGUGCCAGGUACCUUGAUCAUCGCCGAGGGAACAUUCAUAUCAGCAACCUGCGGCGGAUUCCCCCACGCACCAGGGCUUUGGCGUGAGGACCAAGUCGCUGCCUGGAGGAUCAUCACCGAUGAAGUUCAUCGCAAGGGAUGUUCCAUAUUCUGUCAACUAUUUGCCAUGGGACGUGCCGCGGAUAUCGACGUAGCCCGGAAAGAAGGCUUUGAUAUUGUCGCGCCCAGUGCUAUUCCCAUGGAAGAAGGUGCCGUGAUGCCCAAGGCCAUGACCACCGACGAGAUUAAACAGACGAUCCGGGAUUUUGUCGACGCUUCGAAGAACGCUAUUCGGGCCGGCUUUGACGGAGUCGAGAUUCAUGGCGCGAAUGGAUUUUUGCUUGACCAAUUUAUUCAAGACGUCAGCAACAAGCGUGACGAUGAUUACGGCGGGAAUGUGGAGAAUAGAUCUCGUCUUCUGGACGAGGUGAUCAAAGCUGUUGUUCAUGCCAUUGGUCCUGAACGUGUCGGGCUUCGGCUGAGCCCCUGGAGUACGUACCAGGGUAUGAGAAUGCAGAAUCCGAUCCCGCAGUUCACGGAUGUAAUUAGCAGAGCCACACAAGCGGAGAUUGCAUAUCUUCAUUUGGUCGAGUCGCGGAUUUCCGGCUCCCAGGAUUACGGUGGCCAUGACACACUGGAUUUUGCAUAUGAUCUAUGGAACGGACCUUUUCUGAUUGCUGGUGGAUAUACAUCGCAUGAGGCCCAUAAGUUGGUGGACGAGAAGUAUCCAGACAAGGACAUCAUGGUCAUCUUUGGCCGGCACUUCAUUUCCAAUCCAGAUCUCAUAUUUAGGAUUAGGAAGGGUCUGGACCUCAAUGCGUACAAGAGAGAUAGUUUUUAUGUCUUCGAGUCAGCGGUGGGUUAUUCAGAUUACCCAUUCAGCAAGGAGUUCUUGCAAGCGGGACAAAUGUCUAGUAUAGUUGGGCAAAAUAGUUAG